UUGGUUCGCGCUACCCACGGACAGGCAGAUUCAGGCAGAUUCAAGAAAUGAGAUACGACGAGGAGGUGGAACGAACGGUUUCUGAAAACGGACAGAAAUUUCAAGGAAAAGGAUUGCUAUCAGGACCAAGCCGCGGCGUGAUGUUGCUGCCUCGUUGAACGUUCAUCGCUCUACCGACAUAAUAACACAAAGUAAAAAUGUUACCCGCGAGCUCGAGCAAAAAAAAAUUGUGCAUCUGCAAGCUGAAAUCUCAAAUUGUUGUCGUUGCCAAAUAAGUCGUGCACAACGGCGAUCCUGUGUUCCCGGAAUAUGGCUUCGUCCACGAAGAGGUCAUGGAAACUCCAGGAUUUUGUUGCCCAUACGACCAAUGUCAAUUGCCUGGCAUUAGGUCACAAGUCUGGACGUGUUUUGGUCACUGGUGGCGACGACAAAAAAGUGAAUCUAUGGGCAGUCGGGAAGCAGAAUUGUAUCAUGAGCCUGAGUGGUCAUACUACACCAAUAGAAUGUGUAAAAUUUGGACAAACAGAGGAUUUAGUAUGUGCUGGCUCACAGACAGGGGCAUUGAAGAUUUGGGACUUGGAACAUGCCAAAUUGGCUCGCACAUUAACAGGACACAAAGCAGGCAUACGUUGCAUGGAUUUUCAUCCUUAUGGGGAGCUAUUAGCAUCUGGUAGCUUAGACACUGCGAUCAAACUGUGGGAUAUCAGGAGGAAAGGUUGUAUCUUCACUUACAAAGGGCACAAUAGGAUGGUGAAUAGUUUAAAAUUUAGUCCUGAUGGUCAAUGGAUUGCCAGCGCGGGAGAAGAAGGAAUGGUCAAGUUAUGGGAUUUAAGAGCCGGUAGACAGCUUAGAGAAUUCUCCGAACAUAGAGGUCCAGCAACGACGGUAGAAUUUCAUCCCCAUGAAUUUUUACUUGCCAGCGGCAGUGCGGAUAGAACAGUUCACUUUUGGGACUUGGAAUCGUUUCAACUCGUGUCGUCUACGGAUCAGGCGCACUCGUCGGCAAUUCGGUGUCUCUAUUUUAGUCAAGGUGGAGAAUGUCUUUUUGCUGGCUGCCAUGAUGUGUUAAAAGUAUAUGGUUGGGAACCAGGUCGGACGUUAGAUACGGUACCAACUGGCUGGGUGAAGGUACAGGAUAUUGCCGUGGCUCAGAACCAGCUGAUUGGUGCAAGUUUUCAUACUGCCAAUGUUGUCCUAUAUGUGUGUGAUUUAAAGAAAAUCGCUCCAUUGGGAGGAGUGUCAACGUCUGGUUCUCCGUUCAAUCACGGGAAUUCGUUAAGAAAAAGUUUUUCUAGAGAAAGGCCACCCGAAUUGAAAAAGCAUACACUAGAUGUGCGGACUAUAGAAGAGGCAGAUAAGUCUGGAACUGACCCAGAAGAUGAAGCAACCUACGCAGAUAUACCUAAUGUUACCGAAUAUCACGACGUUUUCCAACCAAACAGGUCAUUGUCUCGCACUCCACCUCCAGACCCUGAGGCUUUCCAGGAGCCUCAAGACGUAGAUCCCACGCAACCGCAGAUAUUACAAACUCUUUCUACCUCAAUGUCAAAUCUAAGUACGGUGGGGCCAGAGGAAGUUCCACCUAUGUCAUUACCGUCGUCUCCGCCUCCACCCGCGCCGACGUUAUCAUUGACGAAACCAGUACCAGUGCGUGUUCAGCCAAUCAAGUCAUCGCCGCCCGUUCAGAGAAACACUGUCACAUCCACCAGCCAGACCAAACAACCUUCUACCAGCCUUCAAACAAACAAUGGCGUUACCAGAGUGUCGAAGAAUCUUGCAUCCGUACCACCCCUUAGACAGAGUAUUACCCCGCUUCCUGGGAAAAAGAUUAGUAUUACCAGCGACGUAGGAACGCUUCCACAACCCUUGGGUCCGCAAAGGUCGAAUUCCACGUUGACACCGCGUGUAGCACCCAUGGCUGCCGUUCUUCCAGUGAUGGACGAUGGAAAAUUAAAGAAUAGAGCACCCAGUCCGGAUUCUCCUAAGCAUUACUUAAAGAGGCAGAGUAGUUGUAGGGACGGAGAACAGGGUUACGAAAGCGAUUAUCCGGUACAAAUUAAUAGUAUAAGGCACAGCCCCUCCGAUCCUGCGUUAAACAGGCCGAAUUCUGCGCAAUCUAGGUCGACCUCGCUGAAUAGGAACUUUGCUACCUCAACGUCGCUGUCCGCGCGCAACGCUUCCACUACCACCACGACGUUCGCAAUGAAGAAGUCGAACAAAGCUCAAGUGCCCCCGAAUCCUAAGGUAGAUGUUCGACCUCCUCAAUUGAGGCCGAGCGUCGAGAACACGGAGAAAGAGGAAUUCGUUCCUAUGAGCGCUGAUAAACCUUAUGGCUUGGAUUUCGAAACUUUUCUACCUAAUCAUUACGCAAGAUCGACCGCGUUUGGAUAUCCCCAAAUGGGAGUCCUCAACGAAAUGUCAGAGGCUGAAGUGCUUAAUAGCAUGAUGCGAGGUCACGAGUCGAUGAUGGCUGUACUUACGAAUCGCCAUCGUUCCUUGCAAAUUAUUUACUCUCUGUUGCACCAUAAGGAUCUUAAGUCUGCCGUGGAAUCCGCAGUGGCGAUGAACGACCUUUCUGUCGUUGUGGAUCUGUUGGGCAUAUUGACCUUAAAACCAACAAUGUGGAAUCUGGAUCUUUGUAACUCUCUACUUGGUCCAAUCGGAGAUCUCCUUCAAAGUAAAUACGAAAUGUACAUAACGGUGGCCGCCACGGCGUUGAGACUGAUACUAAGGAAUUUCGCAACGGUGAUAAAGUCAAACGUGGAAGCACCCCUUCACACGAUUGGGGUGGACGUGUCGCGAGAAGAACGAUACCACAAGUGCCUCUCCUGCUACGAGAAGCUUUCGGCGAUCAGAGGUAUCCUCCUGAAGAAGCAGUCGAUGCCAGGGAAACUAGGACCGUUGUUCCGCGAGUGUUCAGUGCUGGUGAGAAGCCUCGAGUGACCACGGCUGAGUCACCACGCGAGCUCCACCGCCAGACUCGUCGUUACCUGACAAAGAAUUGGGAAAGACCAAGGGAGAAGUCGAUGGACGUCGGCCGCGCGGGAUUGCACGGAGAACAGCCGCGCAUUCGAGUUGCUGCGUACCGGGGAACGAUGGCUCAACAGGACGGCACGUCGAGAAUCGGUUCUUCCUUCUCCCCCCAGCUCUUUCCGGUUCCUCGUAUCCAGCCGUCGACGCACCUGGAGGGACGCCAACAGCGGAAAACGUUGAACGCAAGCGAUAAACGAGAAUGUGGACAUUACGAAACUGAACUAUUAUAGAUAAUGGAGACGAAUCGUGAACUUUUUUUUUUUGGACAAUGACAAGACUAAUCGCCCUUUGCAAGGGCUAGCCCCGUUUUCAGGGAGAAUGGGACGCGGACCGCCACGUGGAACGUCGUCGAUCGGGUCCUGUGCGUCGGAAUUUUAUAGACUUUUUUUUUAUGGAGAGUAUCGCGAUAAGAAUUGUUGUAAAGUCUAAUAGUGUAUAAUGUAUCGCGCUAUGUUAUAUACGGUAGGGUGAACCGCGUGACUUGUCCGUGUGUAUUAUUUUUGUUGCUAACGAAGCAGUUCGAAUUUACUUGUUUUGGAUCACAGGUGGUAGCUUUGUACUCAUCUCUACCUUGAACAACCUCGAGUACGUGAAUUUGUGUUGACGAAUACAAAUAUCACACUUAAGGUCACUCAAAGGUUACGGUAUCGUAGGUAAUUGAGUAAGGUCACUCAAAGGUAUAAUAAAAACACUGUUAUCCCCUAGCAACAAAACUAACAAGGAUGGACAAGUUACGCGAUUCACUCUUGCACGUGCGAAGAGGCAUGUGUACAGGGUAUAAAAUAUAAACGGUCGCGUCUCUCAGAGGUGAAUCUAGACACCUGGAUCUGUGAAGUUUCGUUGAAGGAAACCUUCCGCAUAGUCAACUACGACUUUGAAAUUUACAGAAAGCACAUAUCGCAAAGAAAAUGCUUAAAUUUAGGUUUUUCCAAAGCAUAUAUUCACCAAGAUUCAGAUGUGGAUUCACCACUGAAAGUCCAGGUGAUUAAUUUCUUUUUGCACCUUGUACAAUGUUACAUUCGAGGUUAUUAGAGGACGAUGCAACGUCGUUUCGUUUGAUAGAGGUUCGACGAAAAUGUUCUCGUGUUCCGUGUUCCCAGAGAACGUUAUACCCGGUGUUUCGAAGGCCUUCUUGCCAGUCACGGCUUAAUUCCUCGACGAGCACGCGAAAGUUACGUGCACGGGGAAACCCCGGAACGAUUAAACGCCGACAAGCGAGUUUAAUUAAGGUGUAGCUAGUAUCACGUUUUUUAGGGUAACGAGGAGAGAUGAUGAGAAUAACAAAUUGUAUUUUUGCAAGAGCCAUUUGCGUCCGUUCACUAAUAAAACAAAGAAAGGUACUCUGAUCGUAGGUAUGUGUUGAAACCCCCGAUACGUCUCACGAAUGAAAACUGAGAGAAGUUCCGACGAAGUUUGAGAAGAAUAAGUUUUUUAGCGAUCAAGAGAAACGAUAAUGUUUUCUUUUUCCGAUAAUAAUGCUUGUUCUUUUGCCUAACGAAGAGGGUUCGAAUGCCUUCCCGAGAUUUACACUCGCGAUUUUUGCUUCGGUUUUCGCUAUUUUUGUAACGAUUUUCAAAUGUUGGGUGAUUUUUACGACGCGAGGAAAAUCGGGACGAUUUAGAGAAGGAAGAGCUAUCGAACGUUCUGUUACUUACAAUUUCUUAUGGAACGCUACUAGAAAAGUUGGGAAUUGCAGUUUGGGAAACGUUGAUCCACGGAUUGGAUCGAAUUUUCCACGUUCGAGUGCAGGACGAAUCGAUUGAUCCACGGGCGCGCAUUGUCCCCUUGUCCCAUUGUCAUUCUUUCUCGUUCGUCCACGCAACGUCAGUUUAUAGUCGUUCCCUAUUCCAUUCCAUUUUCCGUCUGUUCACGUGGUGUUAACGUGUCAUGUCGAUUCACGUUUACCAGGACCUUCCUUCAAUUUUUGAAAAUUCGCAUACGGAAUCAUUCUGACGUUCGACUUUGAAGAAGAAUGACUUUUGAGGAAACUAUCUUUAAACAAAAUUAAAAAAAAAAAAAAAAGAAAGAAAGAAAAAAAUUAACACUUAAUGGGCCAAUAUCGAGACCAUUUAUCUCCCUCGAAAAGUUGCGGUGAAAUUGUGAACGUGUGAUCACUCGUGUCGAUAUUUUUUAUGAAAAUCACGUACAAUAACGAACCUUCGCGUACUCUGUCGGUAAAGUCGCGCGUUUUUGCGAACACAUGUCCCGAUUUUCUUUAGCACUUGUACCGAUACUGUGCGAACCUUUCGACAUCGUGUUCCAGUGACAAUUUUUGGGAUCAGAGAAGCCACGACGAUGGAAAGACUAUUAUAUUUAAGUACGUUAACGAAUCAAGAAUGAAAGAUUUUUAUCCAAGAGACGAGUGUUGCGAGGUUAACUCUGGGAUGAAUUCUGGAGCUUAAACGCUGAGGGUGAUUUUAGACCAGAGAUAGGGAUUAUCUGGAUAAAAGAAUGCAAGAUGAAAUACAAUUUUUAAUUAAUGAUCACAUAAUGAUACUUUCGUUGUUCGAAGAGUUCGUGUUAUUCGAGUUACCUUUAAUCGACGAAUAACAGGUAACAUUUUCUAUCUUUCAUCUUUCGAUAACAGAAAUUUUUAUUUGGAUAAAAACUUUGAGCGAAAGCUUAGAAUUUUUUACAUUUAAUCGCGGGCGAUUAUUCGUUCGAUUCACGAAACAAGAUUUCACUUUUAUUUUAUAUUCGACGAAACUCGAGCAACUACGACCCUGAUACUGUAUUUUGUGCGAUUUUUGUAUUCCUGGCGAGGGUCGUGGUUAGUAGUGUUUAUAAUUUUGUUAACCAUGGAUCUGAGAUUAAAAGGAAUCGUGAGAUGUUAGUCUCCUUCAUACGAAUUUUAUGAACAAACUGUUUUUAUUCCAUGUGAUCGAGUAAAGGAGACAUCUAUAUCCGAGUGAACGAUAUUUCUCUGUAGCUCCAAAAAUCCUAUUUAAGAAAUCGAACUAACGAUUUUCCACGGUAUGACCUUGGAAUAAUCUUGAGCACAAGGUGCCAACACAUGUUAAAUGAUACGCAGAAGGCUGUAUGACCGAACACAAACAAAUUGCAGAUAACCUUGAAAACUCGAAGGAAGAGAGAGUUUUAAAUUGUCCUUUUUUACACUUAUUUUUAUACUUCCGAAAGUGAUUCUAAACUGGAGUAUUGAAACCUGAAUAAAACUUGGUUAGGACUGUACGAUUUGUCUUUGUUAAUUGUAAUUUUACUACGUCGAUUCUUGAACAAAGAACAAAAACCAUAAACGCUACGGAUAAAUUUGACGCGAGAAGACAAAUUUCUCGAGUAUUCAGAUCCUUCUACGAUCCCGCAUAAUUCUCGAUGGAACAAAGAUGGCGGAGGUGAGAAUCGGACCGCUCAAAUCUCGAUUCCGUAAUUUUAACGCUGUUUUAAUUGACCGAUAAAAUAAUUUUUUUAAAAGUGAGAGAGUGAAAGAGAGGGAGAGAGAUAUAUACAGAGAGAGAGAGAGCAAGAGGAAAUAAACCUCGUAGGUUCCGUCCAAUGUAUUUUUAUAAGGGAGAGUGAGUGUGCGUAUUAUUCCUUCCGGUCAUCCACUUCCGGAUGCGAUCGUGCGUUUUCAAACACAUUCAAACGAGUCCACGAGAGAGAACUAUCGAGUUUCCGUGUACUCGUUCGACCACGAUGUACAUAAUACAAUACGCCUUCGUCGUUAAAGCCUUUGCACUCCUAUCGAACAAAUAAUACGAGCUGCCUAACGCUCAAUUAAUUGUAACACACACCAAACGAUAUCGUAGUGCUUACGAGUUAAUUAAGGACAAUUGAACGUAACGACUGCAACGAUUCCGAUCCUACUAGCGGCGCGAACACGUCGCGAUCUCUAUCGUUCGAUCGUGCCAGUUUCAUUCAUGCCGAUGUAACCCAGAAAUUUUAAGUUACCGUUUACGAUACGAUAAUCAGACGAUUCCGUUUGAAUUCUGUUCAAGACAGUUCAAGCACACUACCUGUCCUACGCUACGCACCACACGAUCACAUAAUACACAUCAGACUUUGGAAAAUUUGAAUUGAAACGAAGAUGUGAAAUAACGAUUUGGAAUAAUUUAUUUUAGACCGGCGUUUUUAACACGGUUAUUUGGAAAUAAAAAUAAUACCUACCACUUCAUUUUAUUAUUUGCUUCUUUUUUUUUCUACGCAUCACAUAAAAUCAAAAUGUUAUACAAAAUGAUAUCGAAUUUACGUAAGAUGGCCUAGCUAACCCAUACAAACUGUGCCGAACAUACCCCACGCAAGACACGACAUAAAACAAACGAUAUUAAACUUCAUUUGUUCGUCAUACUAUCUUUUUUCGUGUGUCUAUAGCCACUCGUUGCGAUGGAAUAAAAUUGUAUCGACUACUACUAAUAAUAACAACAAUAAUAAUUACGAUACCGUGUAAUCGUAACAAACGAUAUGCAGUUAUAUCGUUGCACGGAUAAAUCGAGGGAAUGGUCGCUCGAUCGUGAAAUAUAUCACUUACUAUUAACCGUCUGAGCUAGAACGUUAUAGUUUUGUACGUUAUGUAAAUAACAAUAACGAUAUUUUCUAUAUUAAUCGUACUAUAUUCCUCGUACUACUUGCGAACGCACCAGUGCAAAGGGUUGAAGGCCUGCGGAGAAUGCGCUGCGGUUGAACGGUGUGUAUUUAAUCAUUCUUUUCUCCAUGAGACGUUUCUUUUUUUUCGAGAGAAUACAGGUGACGAUUUGCAACAUCGAGCGGAAACAAAUGUUGCGCUGAGAUAUUCGUCUUCGAUCUUUUUUGAACGUUUGUUAACGACAUUUUUAUUAUAGUUUAAGCGAUGUUUCGUUUCACCUAUUAACAGAUACUAGUAAUUGGUAUGCCUAGAUUACUAUACCGGAUAACCACUAGUAAUUUACACAACUAAAUUGCCAACAGAUUAUCAGCAAUUCGUUAAAUUGCUAGUAUCCGGAUUACUUCCUGACAACGUUAGUAAUUUAAUCCGUCGACUGUAAAUAAUCCCGGACUGGUACCGCCAUUUUGUUGCGUUUCUCCAACGCGAGUUUUGGGUUCGGGAGAAUUAAAAGAGAAAUGUCUCCUGCCUUCGGGAACACGAAUGGAAAAUUUUUAGUUGCGACGAGUGCGUGGCGGCCGAUCGACUGUCGAUUCAUUCGCGACUAAGUUUGUAAAAAUAUUUUUUAAAACGCAUCGUCAAACGUUGGAAUAUAUAUAUAGGAAGUCUAAUUUAGGGGAAUUCUCGGGCGAACGCUUGGUCAAUUUUGUAACGCAUCGAGCUUGUCUUCUCGACUGCCUUGAACCAUUCGAUUAUAAGUAUCGGCCACGGAACGAACCGAACGCCCGAUUACGAAAAAAUAAUAACUCUAUGCGAAAUUUA